AUGCAUGUGAUUGGUUAUUGCUACUACUGCAGUGUAGCACAAAAGAAGACAGUAACCGAAAAUGGCGACAAGAAGGGUAAAGCGGCUCAAAAAUCGCAGGACUUGAACGAUUGUUUCGAAACAGAAGCUUUGCAACAAACAAACGCACCCGAUAAAGACGACGACCAAGACGACACUAGCAAUGACCAACCGACACCUCAAAAAACCCCAACGCAAAAUAGCAACAACAGCAGAAGCAAAAGAAGAAGCUUGGAAUUGAAGCCUAGCGAAGGCAGCUCCUCCGAAAACCCGUCUGAGCAUAACAGUAACAGCAGCGCUGCUGUGACGCAACAUCGUCAAAAUCCGCAGCUCAAGGAAAAAUUUGAGGUGGAAGCGAUUAUGGGACAUCAGGUACACCGGAGCAUGGUAGUCAUGUACGAAAUCAAAUGGCUUGGAUAUUCUGAAAAGGACAACACCUGGGAGCCUGCUACCAGCGUCCAUGAGGACUGCCUCAAGUUAUGCGCUUCGUAUUGGGCAAAGCAUAAGGAACGGCCGAAGAACGCCCCGACUGUUACAUCGAUAGCCAAAGAGCAGCAACAGAAGGAACCGGAAUCAUCCAAACCGGAAGACAAGUAUCUCACGCGGCUCAGAAAAAACAACAUUACCGACGACAAUCUCUAUCAACCCUUACGAAACCAAGGAUUCAAGAUCGCAUACGGCACUGAAUUUCCUACAGCAACUACUGACUGGGCCCGCGAAAUGCGUCAAAUCCAUGUAUUGCAGCCCGUGGUGGGCACGGAUCAAAUUUUGGCUUAUGUGAGCUGGGUUAACAAAAAGAAGACUGUGCACGCUGUACAAGAGCUUCACGAACACUGUCCCGGUGAGCUCUUCAGUUUCUAUGAAGCCCGCUUACGCUUUGCAGAUUAG